AUGGUGCCUCGUGGACACGGUCGAGGCCGUGGGAGAGGUUAUAGUAGUACUCAGGGACUGGAAACAAACAUGAAUAACCCAGUGGACGUCAUGGCUACGUUAGAGAAUAUGGCUGCAGCUAUGCAGGCCACUGCUGAGGCGUUGGGACAGCAGAUGAACAACAACGGUAAUGGGGGAAACGUCAGAAAUGGGCCAAUGACGCUGUCAGCAUUUCUGAAGCAGGUGCCUGAGGAACAGUGUGUCGAGUUUGCUAUCUAUCAGCUCAUUGGGGAAGCGCUACAUUGGUGGCAAGCUACACGAUGUCUUCUGCAGCAGGGUGAUGACCCUAUUUCCUGGGAUGCUUUCCAAGUUGAAUUUUAUAAGAAGUACUUCCUGAACUCUGUUAGGACAGUGAAGGAACUUGAGUUACUACAGCUGAAUCAGGGUUCCAUGUCCAUUUUUGAAUACACCAACAAAUUUGGGGAACUGUGCAGAUUUUCUCGUGUUUGUCAGGGACCUCCUGAAUACUUUGAGGAAUGGAAGUGUAUUAAGUACGAAGGAGGUCUAUGGAGCGACAUUUUCAGUUCAGUAGGGCCAAUGGAGAUCAGGACUUUCUCCGAGUUGGUAAAUAAGAGCAGAGUGGCCGAAGACUGUGUGAAAAGGACGGCGGCAAAGAAAGGAAGUCACAGGGGGCCCUUUCAACAGAACCAAGGAAGGAGCUUUUCUCCUAGAGGUGCCGAAGAGUCCGAUACACUUAUCCGAGGUAAAUGUGAAAUGACUGGUCAAACUUUAAAUGCUCUAUUUGAUUUGGGAGCAACUCAUUCAUUCAUUGCAUUUGAAAAGGUUAGCGAGUUAGGAUUGAAAAGUGUGGUUUUGGGUUAUGAUCUGAAGGUGUAUAAUGCCACUCAUGAAGCCAUGGAGUGUCAGGGUGUUAUGUUGUUGGCUACGAGUGUGUCGGGUGAGGAACAAAGUUUAGAGAAAGUUCCGGUUGCUUGGUCUGGGGUUCAUGCUGAUGCAGCACCGGAAUGUGGUGGCGUAUGCCUCGCGGCAGUUGGACCUCAUGAAGUUAAUUACCCGACGCACGACUUGGAACUCGCUGCAGUUGUGUUUGCGCUAAAGGUGUGGAGGCUUUACCUUUAUGGGGUUAAAUUCUGA